AUGAAGGGUGUCGUGGUUUUAUUUUUAUCUUUAUUGAGUUGCUGUUUGGUGGCAUCAGCUAAUGUCGUUUUGAUUGGCAAUAAUGGUACCAAGGCUUUCGACGAUAUCGAAGCUAAUUUCGCUCCGGGAAUAAAGGGCUCAGGUGAAUGUGGGGUGUUAUAUUUGGCAGAGCCUAUUGAUGCAUGCUCGGAUUUGACUAAUAAAGCUGAAAAGCGUUCGAAUGGUAGCUCUCCGUUUGCGUUGAUUAUUAGAGGAGGGUGUAGCUUUGAGGAUAAAGUUAGAAGUGCACAAAAGGCAGGGUUCAAAGCUGCUAUUGUCUAUGACAAUGAAGAAGGAGUUUUAGUAGCAAUGGCAGGAAACUCAGCUGGUGUAAAAAUACAUGCCGUCUUUGUUUCAAAAAAAUCAGGUGAAACACUUAAGAAGUAUGCUGGGUUGACUGAAUUUGAGCUGUGGAUAAUCCCAAGCUUUGAAAAUUCAGCAUGGUCUAUUAUGGCCAUCUCUUUUAUUUCUCUUCUUGCGAUGUCUGCAGUAUUGGCAACUUGUUUCUUCGUCCGCAGACAUCGGAUAAGAAGAGAGCGCCCUCGCUCUUCCCGUGCUCGGGAAUUCCAUGGGAUGAGCAGCCGCUUAGUGAAAGCAAUGCCUAGCCUCACAUUUACUUCCGUUUUAGAUGAUAAUUGUACUUCAACUACAUGCGCCAUAUGCCUAGAAGAUUAUACUGUUGGAGAAAAACUCAGGAUUCUGCCAUGUCGACACAAAUUCCAUGCUUGCUGUGUCGAUUCUUGGCUUACUACAUGGAGAACUUUUUGUCCUGUAUGCAAGCGUGAUGCAAGAACUAGCACAGGGGAUCCACCAGCAUCAGAAUCCACACCAUUGCUCUCAUCCAACCCCUCCUCUUUGGCUUCAUCAUCCAUGCUGUCAUCUUUUAGAUCUGGAACGUCAACUGCCAUACAAAUUGCUCCUUCAAGGACCCCUUCUGUUUCUCACAUUCCCUCUCUUUCUAGCACUCAUGUCCAGCAGUCGUUUAUAUCUUACCGGCACUCGCCUUCCAUAGGUGUAAGUCAGAGCUCAGCUGAUCUUAGGCACAUGUCUUCCCAAAGAUCCCUUACUUCCUGUUUGGUUUCACCCCAUUCUUUGGGCUACCCAUCAAUAUCACCCUUGAACACAAGAUACAUGUCUGCAUAUAUUCCUAGCCCAAGUAAUGCCUCCCCAAGUAUGGUUAGCUCCAGUCAUCAGCCACGCCCAUUGCAUUGCAGUGAGUCUGCUGCAAGUUUCUCCCCAUUUGCCUCUGCCCAGUCUCUUCCAGACUGCUAA